AUGAUUGUAUUAGCACUGGUCGCCAAGGGCUCGCACAUCCUCGCAGAGACGCACGACCCAGCACACGAUCGAUUCCUACCGGCAGCACAGACGAUCCUCUCGCGCAUCCCACCCAACUCGUCCAAACUUUCAUACGCAUUCGAGGACUGGCUGUUCCACUAUGUCUCGCAGGACGGCAUGGUGUAUAUGGCGGUAGCCGAUGCGGAGACGGGCCGGCGGAUGCCGUUUUCCUUCCUCGCGCAUGUUCAGAAAAAGUUCCUGUCGACAUACGAAGUGCCAUCGACAACAGAUUCCUUGGAUACCGACUACUCUGCACUCACAGCCACACUAGCCAGCCUGAUCCAGCAGUUCAACACCGACCCGCAGGCGGUGGACCCCAUCGCACAGGCCAAGAACGAGCUGGCGGGGGUCAAGGACAUCAUGACGCAGAACGUCGAGCAGAUCCUCAGCCGCGGCGAACGCAUCGAGCUGCUCAUGGACCGCACCGACAACGCGGCCAACCAGAGCAUGGCCUUUCGCCGGCGCGCCGUGGGGCUCAGGCGCCAGAUGUGGUGGAAGAACGCAAAGGUCAUGGCGCUCGCUGGGUUCAGUGGCGUUGUGUUUUUGGUCUUUUUGUGGGGGGUCUUUCAUUAG